AUGGGCUGCGUUUGCUCCAGAGGAGAGAACGAGAAAGAUGGAAUUAGGAGUUACAAAUCCGCGAGAGAAGCAGCCCAAGCUAUUAAUAGAAUCAAGAAGGCUCAACGACGCCGCCGUCGCCAAUCACGUUACGUAUACAGAACCAGGACCGUCGUUGGAGGCGGGGGUUGCAAAAUGGGAGGUCCCUCAGGUGGCAGCGCCUGCGGAGACGGCGGUGACAUGAUCAUGAUGAUGGGUGCUGCAGCUUUGGUCCAAACGAAUACUCAUGGAAUGAUUGAUGGGGAUGGAGGUGGCGGCGGCUGCGGUGGUGGUGGUGGCUACAUUGGCGGAGGUGACGGAGGAGGUGGUGGGUUUUGA